AUGGCGCGUCGCCGUACCAAGAAGAAGACCCAUCUGGGCGCCAACAACCCCGAGACAGCCGCGCCGGGUCAUGCUACCAUCAGCGACCCCAAGUCCAUGGUCAUCCGUAUCGGUGCCGGUGAGGUUGGCUCCAGCGUCUCCCAGUUGGCAGCCGACGUCCGCAAGGUCAUGGAGCCUGGAACCGCGUCGCGCCUCAAAGAGCGCCGCUCCAACAAGCUCAAGGACUACAUCGUCAUGGCUGGACCCCUUGGCGUCACCCAUUUCCUCCUCUUUUCAAGGUCAGAGAGCGGCAACACCAACCUGCGCAUCGGCCUUACGCCGCGCGGCCCGACAAUGCACUUUCGCGUCGAAAAGUACUCCCUCUGCAAGGAUGUUCAGCGCGCGCAGAGGCAUCCCAAAGGCUUUGGCAAUGACGCCGUCACACCGCCUCUGCUCGUCAUGAACAACUUCUCCGCCCCCAACGCCACCUCUAAGUCGGCCGUUCCCAAGCACCUCGAGUCCCUUGCCACGACCGUCUUCCAGUCCCUUUUCCCCCCCAUCAACCCGCAGUCGACCUCCCUUAAAACCAUCCGUCGUGUCCUCCUAUUGAACCGAGAGAUCGACCCGGAGAAUGAGGGUUGCUUCAUUCUUAAUUUCCGUCACUACGCCAUCACAACGCGCGCUACUGGUCUGUCCAAGCCGCUGAAGCGUCUCAAUGCCGCCGAGAAGCUCGUGGCCGGCAAGACGGGCGGUCCCCGUCAGAAGGGCGGCGUGCCCAAUCUCGGCAAGCUCGAGGACAUUGCUGAUUACAUGAUUGGCGGCGAUCACGGCAACGGCUACAUGACGGACGGCGGCACGAGCGGUAGCGAAGUCGACACAGACGCCGAGAUUGAGGUUCUCGAACGGAACCCCAAGAAACUUUCUACCGGCAAGCCCAAGCCGGCGACGGCGGCGACCGCGGCCGACGAUUUCGAGGACCAAGAAGACAACGACGAGGGCGUCGAGCGCCGUGCCGUUAAGCUUGUUGAGCUCGGGCCCAGGAUGCGCCUGCGACUGACCAAGGUGGAGGAGGGACUGUGCUCUGGCAAGCCAAUGUGGCAUGAAUACGUGCAAAAGAGCCGCGCUGAGGAGCAGGAGCUUGAUCAGCGUUGGGAGAAGAGGAAAGCCGACAAAGAGGCCCGGCGCAAGGAGCAAAAGGCCAAUAUUGAGAGCAAGAAGGCGGCUAAGAAGGCCAAUGGCGGGGCCAGGGGUGAUGACGAGGACGAGGACGAAGACGAGGACAUGGAAGAUUAUGAUGACUACGAGUUUGAUAGCGAGGGCCUCGAGGGUGAUGGCGAGAUGCAGGUCAACGAGAAGGCCGAGGAGAACGGCGAGUGGGAAGAUGAGGAAGAGGAGAUCGCCAACGGUUGA